AUGACAGGAGCAACAGGAACAGAAGGUGACAAAGGAACGACUGGUGAUAAAGGCACGCAAGGGGAUAAAGGAAUGAAAGGAACAACAGGAGACAAAGGAAUGACAGGCAACAAGGGAACCCAGGGCGAUAAGGGUAUGACAGGAUUCAAGGGUCCAGUAGGAGCUAAAGGUACACUAGGGAAUAAAGGAAUGACAGGAGAAAAAGGAACAGACGGUGAUAAAGGAAUGACUGGAAACAAGGGAACUCUAGGGGACAAAGGAAUGGCAGGUGAAAAAGGAACACAAGGGGAUAAAGGAAUGACAGGUACUAAGGGAACACAAGGUGAUAAAGGUAUGACAGGAGAGAAAGGAACAAUGGGAGACAAAGGAAUGACUGGGGAAAAAGGGACACAAGGAGACAAAGGAAUGACGGGACAAAAUGGAACCCUUGGGAAUAAGGGUAUCCAAGGUGACAAAGGGGAAUUCGGUGAAAAAGGAUCACAGGGUGAUAAAGGAAUGACAGGAACUCAAGGAGACAAAGGCAUGACUGGUGAAAAAGGAACACAAGGGGACAAAGGCAUGACAGGCGAAAAAGGAACACUAGGUGAUAAAGGAAUGAUAGGACAAAAAGGAACAAAUGGCGAUAAAGCAGCCAAAGGAAUGAAGGGAGAGACGGGAUAUAAAGGUAUGAAAGGCGCCAAAGGAAUGGCAGGAGAUAAAGGAACAGAAGGUGACAAAGGAAUGACUGGUCAAAAAGGAACGCAAGGAGAUGAGGGAAUGACAGGAGAGAAAGGAACGACAGGUGAUAAGGGUAUGACAGGUCAAAAGGGAACAUUAGGUGACAAGGGUAUGGUCGGAGAAAAAGGAACACAAGGUGACAAGGGUAUGACCGGGAGAAAGGGAACACAAGGUGACAAAGGAUUGACCGGAGCAAAAGGAACGCUAGGUGAUAAAGGAAUGACCGGAGAAAAAGGAACAGAAGGAGACAAAGGAGCAAAGGGAAUGAAGGGAGAGACGGGAUAUAAAGGCAUGAAAGGCGUGCAAGGAUUGAAAGGCGUCAAAGGAAUGACAGGAACAAAAGGAACAGACGGUGAGAAGGGGGAGACUGGUAAUAAAGGUACACAAGGGGAUAAAGGAAUGACGGGAAAUAAAGGAGAAAAAGGAACGUUGGGAGAUAAAGGAAUGACAGGAGAAAAGGGAACAAACGGCGAUAAGGGAAUGCCAGGAAACAAGGGAACUCGAGGUGAUAAAGGAAUGACUGGAGAAAAAGGAACACUAGGCGAUAAAGGAGCCAAAGGAAUGAAAGGAGAGACGGGAUAUAAAGGUAUGAAAGGAAUGCAGGGAAUGAAAGGUGUAAAAGGAAUGGCAGGAUCAAAAGGAACAGAAGGUGACAAAGGAACUGAUGGCGAUAAAGGAACACUGGGAGAUAAAGGAAUGAUGGGAGAAAAAGGAACACGAGGCGAUAAAGGCAUGCAAGGGCCACAGGGAGAUAAAGGGAUGACUGGCCAGAAAGGAACACUAGGCGAUAUAGGAAUGACAGGUGAAAAGGGUACACAAGGAGAUAAAGGAAUGACCGGGUCAAAAGGCACACAAGGAGAUAAAGGUUCGAAAGGAAAGGAAGGCGAUAAAGGUGAAACAGGAGAUAAAGGAACACAAGGAGACAAAGGAAUGACAGGCGGUAAAGGAACAACUGGUGAUAAAGGAACAUCAGGAGAUAAAGGAAUGACGGGACAAAAGGGUACUGAGGGCGAUAAAGGUGUAACAGGAGAGAAAGGAGCAAAAGGCUAUAAAGGAAUGAAAGGUGUCAAAGGCAUGACGGGAAACAAAGGAACACAAGGAGAUAAAGGUACGACAGGCAAUAAAGGAACCGAAGGUGAUAAGGGUAUGACUGGUGUAAAAGGAACACAAGGAGAUAAAGGAGUGACAGGAAACAAAGGCACUCAAGGAGAUAAAGGUUAG